GUUUAUUGAAUACACUUUCGAUUUGUCAUUCAAUUUGUGUUUUUUGUGAUAAUUUCGUUGUUUUUAAUUCAAUUCAAAGUUUAUAUUAAAUUAAUUUAUUUCUUAAUAUAUAUGAAAAUGAAUGCAAUUAUGAAACCAUUCAUACAAUCAUUACUUUAACGCCAAAUAUAUCUAAAUAUUUGUCAUUUAUUAUAUUUUGCAGUUUAUCCUCACUUUAAUGAAUCAAACGAUAAUUAUGUCUGCAUUUCGGACACGAUUUCAAGAUUUCAAAUAUAUAUCCACUCGAGUCUCGAAACCUGUUCUCAACACAAAUGUUUUCCCGAAGUCUCCAAAGAAGUCACUAUUGCAUCCGCCGUUGAAGCCAUUGAAUGACACCAAAUGUUGUCUGCAUUUGAGUUGUGUUGAUAUGAGGAUAGUUGUCGGCCCUCCCGGUGGUAGCGAUUCAUUCCGCGGCGGUUCAAGUGGUGGCGGAACAGCUGGAGUGACCAGUGGUGGCGGCGACAAGACUUUUAACAGUUCGAGUGGCACUGGAAGCGGAACCGGUGGCAAAGACGGACAGUUGUGUUGUCCUAAAUGCGGGAAUCCAUGCACUCAUGUCGAGACGUUUGUUUCGUCGACCCGUUUCGUGAAGUGCGAGAAAUGUCUUCACUUCUUCGUCGUGUUGUCCGAAAUUGAUUCCAAGAAAUCGUUUAAAGAGAACCGAAAUGUUAACGAGAAACUCAAUGUGCAGAGAAAGCCUCCGCCGCCGCCCAAAAAAAUCUUUGAGUUCUUGGACAAGAACGUUGUCGGACAGAAUUACGCUAAGAAAGUGUUAGCGGUUGCCGUUUAUAAUCAUUAUAAACGCAUUUAUCACAAUAUGCCCACUAAUAGCAGCGGCGGUGGCACUACUUCUGGCCGCUCUGUACUCACUAAUGAGAAUAUAGUUGACACACAUUCUGCCGGAAUCUUCAACCAUAAGGAUCUGCUGCACAUAACAGGUUUGGGCACAAGUAAUGCUUUGGGUGUCGGGAACUUUCAGAACCAACAGAACUUCCAGUCAACAGACAUUCCCGACGCGACCACAAGCGGACAAUCGACUCUAAACUCGAACCGUGGAAACGAUGUCUUGGAUGUGACCACUCAUGAGCUGAGAUUAGAGAAAUCCAACAUUUUAUUGUUGGGACCGACAGGCAGUGGAAAGACAUUACUGGCGCAGACAAUAGCGCGAUGUCUGGAAGUGCCGUUCGCUAUCUGCGACUGCACGACACUGACUCAGGCCGGGUAUGUCGGCGAAGACAUCGAGUCUGUGAUCGCAAAGCUAUUACAAGACGCCAAUUACAACGUGGAGAGAGCGCAACAGGGAAUCGUCGAAGAAGAGGACAACCAGAAGACCAAUGUGAGGAAGUUAUACGAUUCCGUCACCACUAAUGGCCACCAAUUGGUUGUGUCCGCACUUCCAGCCGCUCCCGUCAAAGACACCAUCAUUACUAACAUUCAAGCAAAACUUAUCGGCGCUGGAGUUGAGGACCAAAUGCCGACCAUUGCAGUGGUCGCUCAUUACGACGCCUUUGGUUUAGCGCCGGAACUCUCAUUUGGAGCCGACUCUAACGGAAGUGGAGUGACGGCACUCUUAGAGUUGAUCCGAUUAUUCUCGAAGCUCUACUCCAACUCCAAGACUCAGCCCAAAGUAAAUCUGCUGUUUCUGCUGUCGAGCGCCGGAAAAUUCAAUUACUUCGGCACUAAGAAGUGGAUCGACCAACAGCUGGACGGCAACGAAGGCAGUCUUUUAACGGACUCGUUGUUCACUAUAUGUCUGGAUUCGUUGGCCGAUAGGGACCGCAAUAGUGGCCUAUUUAUGCACGUCUCGAAACCGCCCAAAGAGGGAACACCAGCCGCUCAACUGUUCCACGAC